AAAAAAACUUCAAUAGGCUUUUUCCUCUUCCAAGUCCAUUUUCUGUAAAAAUGUCACGCAUGAAGCCGUGGACGCUUUUUUACCGGAUCCUAUACGGCUAUACCUCUCUCUGAUCCCCCACCUUCCCGUUAUUACAUUGCGUUCGUUUUCCCGCCGCCCUAUUCAAAACAACUCUCUACAAUGUCAUCUCCACUUUCGUCGUAAACCCAAAUGAUUUCUCUACCCUAUACGAAUCCUCAAGCCAAAUUCUCUGUUUUCCGACGCAAAUUCCUAUCAUCCCUUGCUUUAGCUCAAAACCCACCACUCUCUCAUAACCAAAACAAGCCAACACCCCCUCAUAUGCACCCUUUUCACUUUUUCAAUCACAAGACAAAUUCAAGAGAUCGAACAAUCAGAGACACCAAAGUCCUACAUACCCACUUCCUAAAAACUAAUGCCGUCCAAUUCGAUAUAUUUGCUGCGAAUUCUUUGGUUGAUGCUUACUGUAAAUCUGGUCACGUUCUUUAUGCAAUUAAACUGUUUGAUCAAAUUCCUCAAAGAAAUACAGUUACUUGGAAUGUCAUGAUUUCAGGUUACAAUAGGAAUUCAUUGUUUUCGGAUGCGUGGAGAACCUUUUGCAGGAUGCAUUCUUCGUUAGGUAUUGAGCUCGAUGAGUUCACCUACGGGAGUGCUCUUUUGGCUUGUAGUGCUUUGCAAUCGCCUUUAUGUGGAAAGCAGGUUUACUCGCUUGCGGUAAAAAAUGGGUUCUUGUCAAAUGGUUUUGUACGGUCCGGAAUGAUAGAGUUGUUUGCAACAUCAUCUUGUUUGGAGGAUGCUUUGAGGGUGUUCUACGAUGUGUCGUGUGAGAAUGUGGUGGGUUGGAAUGCUAUAAUUUCAGGAGCUGUUAAGAAUAAGGAGAACUGGGUUGCUUUGGAUCUUUUUCGUGAGAUGCUGCGUCUUGGGCUGUUAACACCAAAUAGUUAUACAUUAUCGAGUGUUUUAACUGCUUGUGCUGCACUUGAAGAGCUUGAUUUGGGCAAAGGGGUUCAUGGUUGGGUGAUUAAGCGUGGUGCAGGAGAAGAUGUUUUUGUAGCAACUGCUAUUGUUAGUUUAUAUGCCAAAUGUGGAUUUAUGGACGAGGCUAUGAAGGAGUUUUCACUGAUGCCAGUCCGCAAUGUAGUUUCUUGGACUGGCAUGAUUUCUGGUUUUGGUCAACAGGGUGAUUCCAUUUCUGCCCUCCAGUUCUUCAGAGAAAUGAGAAAAAUGAGGGAGGAGAUAAAUAACUACACCGUCACUAGUGUGCUUACGGCUUGUGCUGGCCCAGCCAUGGUCAAAGAGGCUAUCCAGAUCCAUUGCUGGAUUUUAAAAACUGGGUUAUACUCGGAUGCAGUAGUGAAGGCUUCAUUAAUCAAAAUGUACUCAAAGAUAGGAGAGUUUGUUUUAUCUGAGGUAGUGUUUAAAGAGACUGAAGACUUAAAGCAGUUGGGUAUAUGGGGUGUCAUGAUAUCUGCUUUUGCUCAGAAUGAGAGUUCUCGAAAGGCAAUCGAUAUGUUCCAGAGAAUGUUGUAUGAGGGUCUGAAACCGGAUGAGUUUUGUAGCUCUUGUAUCAUAAGUACUGUAUAUUUGUUAAAUUUUGGUUGGCAAAUCCAUUGCUACACUGUUAAAGCUGGGUUAGUCUUGUAUGUUUCGGUUGGCAGUGCUCUUUGCACAAUGUACUCGAAAUUUGGCAGUUUGGUGGAAUCAUAUGAAGUUUUUCAGCAAAUUGUUGAGAAAGAUAAUGUUUCAUGGACCUCGAUGAUUUCUGGUUUUGCAGAGAAUGGUCAUGCAAAUCAAGCCUUUCAGUUGUUUAGAGAGAUGCUGUUUGAAAAAAAUGAGCCUGAUGAAAUGACUCUGGCGGCUGUUUUGACAGCAUGUUCUGUUAUUCAGUCUCUGAACACUGGUAAAGAAGUGCAUGGAUAUAAUCUUCGUAGAGGAAUCGACAAGAAGAUUCUUGUAUGUGGGGCACUCGUGAAUAUGUACUCAAAAUGUGGUGCUCUUGAUAUGGCAAAAAAGGUAUUUGAUAUGAUGCCUGUAAAGGAUCAGGUCUCCUACUCUUCCUUGGUUUCAGGGUAUGCCCAAAUUGGGUGCAUUGAAGAGGCACUUCUGCUAUUUCAUGAAGCUCAAAUGACUGAGUUGGAAAUUGAUUCCUUCACUCUGUCAUCUGUUCUUGGGGCUGUCUCUCUGUUAAAUAGACUAAGAAUUGGCACCCAACUGCAUGCCCACAUCCUGAAAAUGGGAUUAGAAUCAGAUGUCUCUGUGGGUAGUUCCCUUAUUAUGCUGUAUUCAAAAUGUGGAAGUAUUGAUGACUGCCAUAAAGCAUUUAAUGGAAUUAAAGAACAUGACUUGAUCAGUUGGACGUCGAUGAUCACGAGCUAUGCGCAACAUGGAAAAGGCACAGAGGCAUUGAGUGUUUAUGAGGUAAUGAGGAAAUCAGGAAUCAAACCUGAUUCAGUGACAUUUGUUGGUGUUCUGUGUGCUUGUAGCCAUAGUGGUUUGGUUGAAGAAGGCUAUUAUCAUCUAAACUCAAUGGUUAAAGACUAUGGAAUUGAACCUGGGUACCGACAUUAUGCAUGUAUUGUAGAUCUUCUUGGUCGGUCGGGAAGACUGAAGGAGGCUGAAAGCUUUAUUACCAAUAUGCCCAUCAAACCUGAUUCAUUAGUGUGGGAAACGCUACUUGCUGCUUGCAAAAUGCAUGGGGAUAUUGAGCUUGGAAGGCUAGCAGCCAAAAAGGUUAUGGAAUUGGAGCCAUGUGAUAUUGGAGCUUAUAUCUCCUUGUCAAACAUUUGUGCUGAUGUGGGUCAGUGGGAAGAAGUUCUCAAGAUCAGAUGUGAGAUGAAAGGAACUGGAGGGAAGAAGGAUCCAGGGUGGAGUUCUGUAUGAAUGUAGUCCGGCCUUUUUGGUAACCGAACAUAAUUCCGAGAGCAAGUCCUCUGAUUUGCUUGAGGAGUAAUUUAUCAAUCAUGGCAGCAUCGUAAAAAGGAACUUGAGAAGGACAAAGACAAAGUUGAAGAGAUUGCCAGCUUUUUUCGCUGGGAAAAGAAGCAUGAAAUGAAAUUUCCUUCUGAAGAUUCCCUUAGGAGGAUUUCCCUGAGCGAGCUUCUCAUGUUAGUAUGUGCUAACCAACAAAUGCAGAUGAUUUCUGGUAUGUUGUCACCCUUGAUAGCUCUUAGGUAUUUUACCAUGACCGUAAACAGGGGAAGCUAACCUCCAACUAGGGCUACAAGUACAUGAAGAAGGUUACUGCGUUGAUGAUGUGGCCAAAGUAUUGAGCUUGUUCCAAUUGGUUAGAUGCACUAUCCAUCUAAUACUUACAAGUGAUGCUGAAGAUUUGGAGGAAAUAUUUAACUGUCAGUUCUUGCUGCUCUACUUUCUGCAGUUUUGUACUUCCGGUGCAUGCUUUUAUUUGACUAGUAAAAAGAGAAAUCAUAACGAGUUCAUCACAACUUGGCUAUGAAUCUUGUUUAUUUGCAGAAUUUUCUCCUAAAGCUGUGUAUCUUUCCUGCAUCAGUUUUUCCAGACAUGGUUUGCUUGCCUGCUCUUAUGCAGUUCAUACUGUUCAUGGUUUGCUUGCCUGUAGUGAAGUCUUUCAUUUCUGAUUGGAUUUAACUUCAAGUUGUCUUUCUUUAUUUGUCCAGAAAACAUGUCGAUUUGCAUUGUUGAAGUUUUUUUCCUGAUUUAUGGGUUUCAUUAUCUAUUUGUCUUGAGAUUCUAACUGGUCUUGUAGCAAACUUGUUGAUUUGCGGCUUCUGACUUGUUUUGCGUUUUAUGGUGCAUAGUUAGUGGAAGAUGGAAGCAUGUACGAACCAUUAUCCGGAGACUGGCAGUUCAGAUGAAGAUGUUUCUCCCAGAAUAAAAGAUCCAUCCAUGGAGUCUCUGUUGAGUCAAUCCCAAUGCGUAGGAGGGAAAAUCUGAAAGAGGCACCCGAAAUUAGAGGCUCAAUACCAUCAUCAACUCUGGGAUAUGACAAUGUUAUGGAGAUGUAUACCUGUCUAGGAAGUUUUGCUGCCGCGAUUGUGGCUCAUGAAUGUUUAGCAAACAGUAGCCGAUGAGACACGUGGUGUUGCAUGAACAGGGCUUGAUCAGCAUAUAUGAUGGUCAUAUCUUUGAAGGCACAGUACAGACUGCAGAGGACAUUCUUGACGAAAGGGAUUGGCCUAUGACCUAAAGGUGCAGUCAGUUUUCGCAACCAAGUGAAUGUGAUAGUCAAGUACUCAAGUUGACAAGAAUUGUGGCUGGUAUGAGAUGGAACACUUGAAUUGUGGAUCAUGAAUCUGAGAAGCAGGGUUCUAAAUCGCGGUAUCCUGAUAGGUUUCGGUAUCAGUGAUAUAGUUGGAAGCUUAGAACGGUAUCGGAGGUCUAAAUCAUGUGUAACAGCCGAUAUUCAAAAAAGCACCACUGAGAAGGUAUUGAUUGCAAUUAAACGGCACUGUGUUGAGAACUCCACAUCCUGAAGUGAAUGGCAUGGUAUCGUGGCAGUUGGCACUAGCUAGCGGGCAAUGCUGCUGCAUCUGACCAGAAUCCUACUGUUGCGUUUGGAUUGCGGAUUUGUGCCUGUAUUCACUGCGAGAAAAGGAAAAUGAAGGAAAGUCAAGGAAAUAAGAUAGCUUUUUCACUUCAGUUUUUUCAUUUUCUCUUGGGUCCAAAAACCCAUCACCCAAAACAGGUCAAGGUUCUAGUAAUUUAUGUUACAAGCACCGGAUAAUUUAGGUAGAGCCUUCUGCAGUUCAUUUUUUGGUAGAGUUUUUGGGCUGCUCUUCUGGCCUGCCAAGUACUCAAAGGACCUUGUGGUUCUUCUGGACUUAAUUCUUUCAUUCAAUUCUUCUCCCAAUUUCCCAUAA